AUAUUUGUUUUAGAAAUUGCCGCGAACUUUGAAAUGUAUUGGCUUCUUAUCUUUAUGAUGAUGUUUCCUUUUACUAGGAUGAGAUAUUAAAAAAUUAAGCAACUAGUCGAAAUUUUGCUAUAUAUGUAAUAUGUGUGCAUACAAAACCAGUAAGCAGCAUCUAUCAAUUAUCACCUAAAAGAAGAAAAGAAAAAUUCCCAAAUGAGAAAUGCGAAGCUUUUCUUUUGCUUCUUGCUCUUCUUCUCCUUCCGCUUGGAAAUCGGCAGAGGACAGAACAACGGCAAAACCCAAGUCAAUGUCGGUGUUGUAACAGAUGUCGGUACUUCACACUCGGAGGUUUCCAUGCUCUGUAUCAACAUGUCUCUUACUGAUUUCUACUCUUCUCGUCCCCAGUUUCAGACAAGGCUUGUCGUCAACGUUGGUGACUCCAAAAAUGACGUUGUUGGUGCCGCAACUGCAGCUAUUGAGUUGAUAAAGAACAAGCAAGUGAAAGCGAUUUUGGGCCCAUGGACAUCUAUGCAAGCUCAUUUCUUGAUCGAGAUUGGCCAAAAAUCUCGGGUUCCUGUUGUUUCCUAUUCUGCAACAAGCCCAUUUCUUACUUCCCUUCGUAGCCGAUACUUCUUGCGUGCUACGUACGAAGACUCUUCUCAAGUGCAGGCCAUAAAAUCUAUCAUCAAAUUGUUCGGGUGGAGAGAAGUUGUGCCAGUUUACAUCGACAAUACCUUCGGAGAAGGUAUAAUGCCUCGUCUCACCGAUGCAUUACAAGAUAUUAAUGUUCGGAUACCUCAUAGAUCCGUUAUCGCUCCCAAUGCCACGGAUCAAGAAAUCUCCGUAGAACUUCUUAAGAUGAUGAACAUGCCCACAAGAGUGUUCAUUAUCCACAUGUCCUCUUCUCUAGCCUCAAGAUUCUUCAUUAAAGCAAAGGAGAUUGGUUUGAUGAAACCAGGAUAUGUCUGGAUCCUUACCAAUGGAGUUAUCGAUGGCUUAAGGUCGAUAAAUGAGACGGGUAUUGAGGCUAUGGAGGGGGUAUUGGGUAUUAAAACUUAUAUUCAAAAAUCCAAAGAUCUAGACAUGUUUAGAUCACGGUGGAAGAGGAGAUUCCCACAGAUGGAGCUGAAUGUCUAUGGAUUGUGGGCUUAUGAUGCUACCACUGCAUUGGCCAUGGCCAUUGAAGAAGCUGGAAUAAAUAACAUGACUUUCAGUAAUGUGGAUACAGGGAGAAACGUUUCCGAACUUGAUGCUCUUGGUUUAUCUCAAUUCGGUCCAAAGCUUCUCGAGACGCUCUCAAAAGUUCAAUUCAGAGGACUUGCAGGAGACUUCCGUUUUGUCAGCGGGCAACUGCAACCAUCGGUGUUUGAAAUUGUCAAUAUGGUCGGGGCCGGAGAAAGAUCAAUAGGAUUCUGGACAGAGGGAAAUGGUCUUGUGAAGAAACUUGACCAAGAACCACGAAGCAUAGGUACUUUAUCCACUUGGCAAGAUCAUCUUAAGCUUAUAAUAUGGCCUGGAGAGGCUAAUUCUGUUCCCAAAGGAUGGGAGAUCCCGACUAAUGGGAAGAAGUUGCGCAUUGGAGUUCCCAAGAGACUUGGUUUCACUGAUCUCGUGAAGGUCACAAGGGAUCCUAUCACCAAUUCAACUGUAGUCACAGGUUUCUGCAUAGAUUUUUUUGAGGCUGUGAUUCAAGCAAUGCCUUAUGACGUCUCUUAUGAGUUCAUUCCUUUUGAAACACCUGACGGUAAACCAGCCGGUAAUCACAAUGACUUGGUCCAGCAAGUGUACCUCGGGAGGUAUGAUGGGGUCGUGGGAGAUACAACAAUAUUGGCGAACAGGUCCUCUUACGUUGACUUCACUCUCCCAUUCAUUAAAUCAGGUGUUGGAAUGAUCGUCCCAAUGAGAGACGAAGUGAAAAGAGACGAAUUCAGCUUCUUGAAACCUUUGUCGAUCGAACUAUGGUUGACAUCCUUAGUCUUUUUCUUCCUUGUUUCAAUCUCUGUUUGGACUCUUGAACAUAGGGUUAAUCCGGACUUCCGUGGACCGGCUAAUUACCAAGCUAGUACCAUCUUCUGGUUUGCCUUCUCUACCAUGGUUUUUGCUCCAAGAGAGAGAGUGUUUAGCUUCUGGGCGAGGGCCCUGGUUGUCACAUGGUACUUCCUCGUUCUUGUGUUAACUCAGAGUUACACAGCCAGUUUGGCGUCGCUUUUGACAUCACAGCAACUACAUCCAACCAUAACCAGCAUGAGUAGCUUGCUUCAUAAAGGAGAAACAAUCGGUUAUCAGAGAACAUCCUUCAUCCUUGGAAAGCUUAAUGAAACAGGUUUCCCACAAUCUAGCCUUGUGCCCUUUGAUACCGCAGAAGAAUGCGCCGAGCUUCUGAAAAAAGGAUCAAAAAAGGGUGGUAUCUCUGCAGCUUUCUUGGGACCUUACUUGAGACUCUUUCUUGGACAAUAUUGCAACACUUAUAAAAUGGUUGAAGAACCCUUCAAUGUUGAUGGAUUCGGCUUUGUUUUUCCAAUCGGAUCACCUCUGGUGGCCGAUGUUUCAAGGGCCAUCUUAAAAGUAGCAGAGUCUCCAAAGGCAAUGGAGCUCGAGAACGCAUGGUUCAAGAAGAAAGAACAAAGUUGUCCUGAUCCAGUUACCAAUCCAGAUUCAAAUCCAUCUGUUACCUCUAUACAGCUCGGCGUACGCAGUUUCUGGUUUCUGUUUCUUGUUGUGUUUGUUGUGUGCGUUCUAGCACUCGGAAAAUUCACAUUCUGUUUCCUAUGGAAGACAAAAGGGAAAGAUUUGUGGAAAGAGUUUCUAAAACGAGACCCCGACUCGUACAUCAACGACAUAGAUAAAUGUUUGUGUUCUCGAGAGAUGCCUGAGAACAGCAAUAGAGCAACAAACGGUGUUGAGUUAAGAGUUAGGAAUAUCUCAUAGAUUUGCAUUUUAUAUGUCUUUAAUUUGACAAAACAUUGAAAAUGCGUCUGUUUUUAUUAAAUCAAACUAUUGUACUUAUUGUGUAAUUAACGAUUUUCAAAAUAGAUGAUCCUUAUAAAAGAGACUGUCACAUGUUACCAUAGAGGUUGAUUUUAUUACGUGUAAUGCAAGACGGUAAACGUAAGGCUAGGGUUUCUCACAU